CUGUCCGUAAGAACCAGUCUCCAAUUUCCCUUUCACCACUGCAGAUCUUGAACGCUUUUACGGAAAAAUGGCAACAGCCGUAACCGGCGGCGAGAACCACUACGACAGAGCCGAAGAAGUGAAAAGAUUCGAUGCAUCAAAAAUCGGAGUAAAAGGGCUGGUGGAUUCGGGUCUGACCACCAUCCCUUCCAUCUUCAUUCACCCACCCCAAACUUUAUCCGACCUCAAACCCAAACCCAAAUCCAAGCCCCCCGUCGUCAUCCCUACCAUCGACCUCUCGGCGCCCCGUUCGACGGUCGUGGAGCAGAUAGCCGCCGCCUCCCGAACCUUUGGUUUCUUCCAGAUCGUAAACCAUGGAGUUCCCGUGCAAGUUCUGGACCGUAUGAUCGGUUCCAUCAGAGCCUUCCACGAGCAGCCGACCGACGUUAAGGCCAAGUUCUAUACCCGUGAUGUAACCACCGGUGUUAACUUUUUUUCCAACGUUGACUUGUUUCUCUCUAAAGCCGCUAGCUGGAGGGACACACUCCAGAUAAAGCUAUCACCAACGCUGCCGGAGCUGGAGAACAUUCCCGAGGUUUGUAGAGACGUGGUGGUCCAAUGGAGCAAGCAUUCCGAAACAUUAGGCGAGCUGCUGAUGGGGCUAUUGUCGGAAGGUCUCGGAUUGGAUACGGAUAGGCUCAAGAACACUACGUGUUUAGAUGCAAGAAUGAUGGUGGGGCACUGCUAUCCUCACUGCCCUCAGCCUGAUCUCACGGUCGGCAUCGCAUCGCAUACCGAUCCGGGAGUGUUGACGUUGUUGCUGCAGGAUCACAUCGGUGGAUUGCAGAUCAAACAUGAAGGAGACUGGGUGGAUGUCAAACCGGUUCACGGUGCCCUUGUUAUAAACAUUGCAGAUAUUCUUCAGAUUCUGUCAAAUGAUGAGUACAUUAGUGUGGAGCACAGAGUUCUGGCUAAUCCUUCCGAUGAACCCCGGGUGUCGAUCGCCGUUUUCUACAAUCCUAGUGCCAGGGAAGCCCUGUAUGGUCCGUUUUCCGAGCUUACUUUGCAGGAGAAACCGCCUCGAUACCGUCAGUUUAUAUAUCAUGACUACAUGAAAAGGUUCUUCACCAAGGAACUGGAUGGGAAAACGUUGACAAAUUACUAUAGGGUGUAAGAAAGAAUGUUAUGUAAGAAAGUUGGAUAAUCUUGGCUUUCAAAUGCGUUAAUACUCAUGUACUAUAGUCCGAAAUUAUCAUACUAUCGUAAUUUAUUAGUUACUCAUAACUCCA